AUGACCGAAAACAACGAGCCUUCGAAGCGCGAGUCAACCGGACCGGUUGACGAGGCGCCCUCCAAGUCCGAAUCCGGGCCCUCGCCGAAUUCAAAGCAAGCGGGGCAUGCUGCACAGAGUCCAUCUGCUCGCAAGAAGUCUCCAAAAACUCUACACUCCCGACCUGCACAACCUUCAACCGAGACCGUAGGAGUGGUAAAUGUUGCAACGUUGGGACUUGUGCCUUCUGUUCAGGGCCACGCAGGUCAAGUCUGCAGCAAUUGUGGCACAACACAUACUCCUCUUUGGCGAAGAUCACCUCUGGGAGCCAUCAUUUGCAAUGCUUGCGGACUGUACCUGAAGGCGCGUAACGCGGCUCGCCCCGCCAACAUAAGGCGCCCUCCCAGUGUGAUGGCGAGUAAUGUCAGGCAGGCCCCGACCAAGUUGUCUCCUAAAGCAACUGCACCAUUACUACCGAGCAAUCCGGGGGCAACAUAUGUAGCCGCAGAUCAGACGCCGUCAGGCUCAUGUCCUGGAGGCGGAAGAUGCAACGGUACAGGUGGUGCGGAGGGGUGUGGUGGCUGCCCCGCAUACAACAACCGCGUCUCCAAGAGUGCCAGUCUCAACGUGCUGAAAUGUCAGGGCGCAGCAGCAGCGUCUUCGAAGAAACAUCACGCAGCAGAGGGCAGCGGGGAAGAACCGACCGAGGUGGAUAUCACCGCCUUACACGUUCAAUCGCAAAACACCACCGUUGUCAUUGCUUGCCAAAACUGCGGCACUACUAUUACUCCGCUCUGGCGAAGGGAUGAAGCCGGUCAUACCAUUUGCAAUGCAUGCGGUCUUUAUUACAAGUUGCACGGUGUGCAUCGACCGGUGACCAUGAAAAAGGCGAUAAUCAAACGGAGAAAACGUGUUAUCCCUGCCGCCGGAGGUGAGGGAGAGAAUGAGCCAAGCGAGGCCCCAGACUCACCAACACCGGCACCAGAACCUCCGAGGGAGAAGGGUACGGUUAACGAAGAUGGAUCCGUUAAUCUCGGAAUCCGUCGACGUCCAGUACGACCAUUGACCCUCGUGCCUGAGGAUGAAUUGCGACGGAACAGACAGGCAUCACCGCUGUCUUCAGCCCACGACUUGGGACAGUAUCACUCAUCUCAUAUAAAUCAACCACACCACGGAGCCCAUGAGUCUCUCACUUAUGAGAACCGGUUGGCCCCAAUUCACUCAUUGGCCCUCCCGGUUGAUCGACAGUCGUCCCUAUCACCAGCAUCAUUCCUGUCACCAUCAAGGAAGCGAUCGAUAUCCGCUGUGGAGAACGAACCUUCGUCUCACAAUGACAACGAAAGCCACAAGCGUUUGUCUUCCAUCAAAUCGAUCCUCAAUCCGGUACCGAGUUCUGAGAUGCACCGAGAGGUCUCGCCGGCAGACCAUUUCCGGAUGCAACAGCCCUCCCGGUCCCCAGCUAUGAGCAGCCUCACCCCAGCACCCAGUCCAGGGUCAUUCUCAAACAGCACAGUCAUCGGGACACCAACAUCAGCUCCGACUAUGCGGAGCGGUUCAAGGGAUCAUCUAAAUGAGGGCGAGCGCGUCAAGGCAGAGCGGAGGGCGGCGUUGGAGCGCGAGGCUGAAGUUAUGAGAGAGAUGCUGGCUGCAAAGGAAAGAGAGCUUGCUGAAUUGGGUUAUGACUGA